AUGAGCGACUCCCGAAUGCCGCUCCCGUCCGACUCCCUCCGCACCCCCACCUGCGCCACCGGCGGUGGCGACAAAUACCUGCUCCUGAGCCUCCUUGCGCACGCGCUCGACGAGCUCCUGCACGCGCUCCCGUUCCUGCUGCUUCCACACCUCCCACUCCCGCUCGCGUCGCUCCUCGUCAUCCUUCUUGCGCCGCAGUUCCUCCUCCUUCUUGCGCCGCUCCUCCUCCUCCAGCAUCAGCCGCUGCUCGAGCGCGCGCCGCCGCUCCUCCAGGCGCUCGGCCUUGGCUCGCUCCUCUUCGGCCAGGCGCAGCCGCUCGGCCUCGGCCUCGGCCCGCAGCCGCUCCUCUUCGGCCCUGCGCAGGCGCUCGGCCUCGGCCUCGGCUUCGAUUCGCAGGCGCUCCUCUUCGGCCAGGCGCAGUCGCUCGGCCUCGGCCUCGGCCCGCAGCCGCUCCUCUUCGGCCCGACGCAGCCGCUCGGCCUCGGCUUCAGCCUCAGCUUCGAUUCGCCGCCGCUCCUCUUCGGCCCUGCGCAGCCGCUCGGCUUCGGCUUCGGCUUCUAUUCGCAGCCGCUCCUCUUCGAUCUGGCGCAGCCGCUCGGCCUCCUGCUCCACGCGCUGGCGCUCCUCUUCAGCCAUUCGCCUCUCCUCCUCUUCUGCCUUUCGAAGGCGCGCCGCCUCCUCCUCCUCCCGGAGGCGCGCCUCGUCCGCGUCCGCGUCCGGCCUUUGUUGUUCCGCCGCCUCUGCCUGCUCUCUUCGCUGACGAUCCUCCUCUUCGGCUUGUCGCCGCCUUCGCUCCUCCUCCUCCACUUCCAGCGCUCUCUGGCGCCUCGCCUCCUCCUCCUCCUUGCGCACCCGCUCCUCCUCUUCCUCCUUCUGCCGGCGCCUUUCUUCCUCUUCCAGCGCUCUCUGGCGCCUCGCCUCCUCCUCCUCCUUGCGCGCCCGCUCCUCUUCCUCCUCCUUCUGCCGGCGCCUCUCCUCCUCUUCUCGACGCUUGCGCUCCUUCUCCUCCUCUUCUUCUUCCCUCCUCCUGCGCUCCAUCUCUAUGCGCUGACGCUCCUCCUCCUCCUCCUCCUUCCGCUUUCGCUCCGCCUCUGCUUCCUCUUCCUGGCGUCGUCGCUCAUCCUCCUCCCUCCUCAAUCGCGCCUCCUCCUCCUCCUCCCUCCGCUUGCGCUCGGCCUCGUGGCGCAGGGCCUGGGCCGGCGUCUGCGACUGAAGCGCGAGCUCGUUGGUGAUGAAGGAGCUGGCGAGGGAGUUCUGCUGGGUGGCAGCGUUGGCGGCGACGAGGAGGCUGCUCAUGCGGAGGAGCUCCUGGCGAAUCUGCUGGAGCUGGUCGUCCUUGGCCCGCAGCUCGGCCUCCUGCUUGGCCAGCCGCUCCUUCUCGCUGCGGAACUGCUCCGCGGCGGCCUCCUCCUCGCGCCGCGUCUCCUCCUCGACCAGCUGCAGCACGUCGUCGAGCGUGUCGUAGGUCACGUUCUGCUUCCGGGCCUCCACCAUCUUGGUCACCGUGAUCCGGCGCACCCGCGUCUUGAUCCGUCGCUUGUCGUCCGACGGCGACGAUGGCGUGUUGAUGUUGUUGUUCUCCUCUGGUCGAGCAGCUGUCGACGAUAA